UUUGAAAAAGUGAAAGGGGAGGAAAAAGAAGGAGAAGUGUGCAGGGAGCUGCUGUGAUUAGGACAGUGCUGGAUGAAGGAGAAGUAAAGGAAAGAGAGACGGAGAAAGGGGUAUAGAGAGAGAGAGAGAGAGAGAGAGAGAGAGAGGUGAAGAGUGAAAGUAAAAACGAAAAGAGUGUGGAAAGUACCAGAAAGGCAGGACACAAGCACGACUCUGGAGAAGAGAGGAAGAGAGAGGGGGAAAGAGGGAGGGAGGGAGGAGAAAAGAGGUGUGCUCGGGAACAGGACAUAACUUCGCAGUUGCUCACAUGCGAGCGGCUCGGGAAUGAUCGAGUCAUUAAAAUUGAGCUCGUCAUAAAACUAGACGUCAUAAAAAAAAAAAAAAAACACCUCCGAAAGCAUGAUGGGUAAAAGCGCAGAGCGGAUGGGCCGCCGGUAGAAGCAUGUUACCAACAGUUUUAUUGCUUCUAUCGGUGUUCACGGUUCGAGGAAGCGCGUGCGAUGAAUUGCACGCUGUCAGCAAUCUGCAGGAGUCCAUCAGACAUGAAGAACAGAGCGGAUUUCUGCAAGUGUUUCCCAGAAACUACUACGUGCAGCACCGUUUUAAUGACAGCACACAGUGUGAAGACUCGUGUUGUGUGUUUAGUGCAGCCUUCCUCCUGUCAGACUCCUGGAAGCAGCUCCUGAAGCAUAUUGAGCGGAUUCACUUGAAACAUGACAUAAUCAGUGAAUUGAUCUAUACACUCGAUACCAUUUGGAAAGGGAGAUUCCAGGAAACCCCAAAUCCCUUGCCCUUCCCAUCUAUUCACUCCUCACCCAGAGCUCUGCUCACCUUCACGUCGGACGUCCUUUCUAAAUGGCUGGCCAUGGAAUGCCCUGGUGAGACGCUCAGCUGCGUAUUUCCCUCUCCAGCUUCCUAUGGAAAAGAAGGAGAACGAGAAAAAAGAUGGCUUACUAUCAUCCCAAAGAACGGGGACACGGGGUUGUCCGCUUCUCCAACCCUCUUAUUUUGUAUUCUUUGUUGUCUGAGGAUGCUGAAAGAGCUCGGAUGACGAAGGAGCUUCAUCCUGAAUGUAACACUGAGAGAUCUUGGCUGAGAAGCCAUGACACUUAGCUACUGCAGUAAGCUUGGUAGACCUUAUUAAAUCAGGUCGACAUUUGUUUGUAAUGAAGAUGAUGUAUUUGCUGCUGGUUUGGUGCUGAUGCUGAAAUAAUGGUCAGUCAAUAGCCGUUGCAUCCCUCCUUGUGCUUGUUCUAUAUAAACCUUGAAGCCAGUGGAUCACAUGAGAGAAAGUGAUGUUUCAGCUUGUAGAAUGUUGACUGCUAGAGAAGAGGUGCUUUCAGUCAUAGUCUCCAGUAGCCACACUGUCCUGGUCAGGGUCCCUUGAACAGGUGAGCAGAGGGAGCAAGGUUGGAGGACACCUACUGGAUGAGAUGCCAGUUAAUUUCAGAGCAAAGAGGUAUUAACGUAACAAACGGAAUACAAAUACGGUCCAAAAGCCAAUAGAUUUCAUUUAACUUUGAGCACUUUACUAAUCUUUUUUUUUUAUCAAUUUUAUAAUAAAACAUGCAGCUUUGUAGAAGAAUUGUCAAAAGGUUUAAGGCUGCUUCAGAUCCACCUGACCUUUUAAUACACUCCUAGUGGAUUUGUCUCUAAUAGGAAUUAGUUAGAAUUUGUGAAUGUCUGUUAAAAAUAAAAAAAGAAAUUGCACUCAG